GACCGUCCGUCGUUUGACAAUAUCGAAAGUGCGGCCGAGGGAAGAGCUGUUCAAUCAUGCAUGUCUCUACUUGGUGUGCAUGUUUGAUAUUCACCCGAUCGAUGGAGCAAUUCCAUCUCGGUGAGGUACACGUGAGAGUGCAGUCACGUUGGCACGUGACUGUGUGAAUAUUGAUGUCGAUUGAUCACGGGCAUAGAUGCGCAUCGUGGCUAGAUGCAUCUCAACUGUGCGUAGAUUCCAGCUGUCGUAAGUGCUUUUGAGAUUACAAAGAAAUUUCCGUUCUCCAUUAGUCAGUGCUUUCCUUGCGAAUUGAAGAUUAUUUGUUUAGCCUUUAUUGAGACUAAGAGGAUUUUCAAUUGGUUUUGGCACUACUUAUUUUUUAUUUUUUUUAUUUUUUUCGUCGAGUGUUUUCCGAUGAAUCUCGGAACUCACGUGGAAAAACAACAGUGUGUCUGUCGUUGAAGGUCAGUCGCACAGAGCACCAGCAAAUGUCCACGUGUCAAUUGAUACUGACGUACGUGGUCUUCCAUCAGCGACCGACAACAAUAAAACGGAAACAAAGGUCCGUCAGAAGAGAUCAAAGAGCUCAAAGGCCUUUCAAUCUCUUUCAGGUUAAAAAUAACAAGGGUCGCAUCCUACACAUAAAGGAGAAUUACUGUAUCUAUUGUGUUUCUCUGUUUUGGAACAUCGACGCAAUGCUGUACAGCAUUAUUUUAUAUCUUUGAGCAUCCACACAAUUUGUGAGGAUUUCCCCGAAAUGUUUGUAAAAGAAAUUUCUAUCAAUCCUUUUUAAAUCCCUUUUAUUUAUCGUUGUUUAUUGUUUGGUCUGGCCAAAGAAUGACGUCCAUUUUUGUUUUUAAUACCAGACUUCCGUUCAAAGAACUGGGAGAGGAUUUAAUCGAAUUAAUGGAUUCGGGCGCAUCGACGUCCGUCUGUAUAUCCUCUUGUGGGAAAUGGCUAUUAUUGGCCGUUGAACCUUUUGACACAUUCCCGAGUCAAACUUCGCCACCCUAAAGGGAUAGGAAAUUAAAAUGCAAUCAAUUUCUAGCCAAUCUUCAAAGGCGGAAGCCAUUUCGGUGCGCUAAUAGAAAUUAUGGCAGGGCAUCGGUGCAGAACGCCAGAGCAUUCUGCAUGUGUAACGGAACGUGGAUAACAGACGAGCAUGUUCCCACGGAAUGAUAUCAUAUUCUCGGUGACGCUCGCCUUUCCUUUUUGGCAGGAAAUUGAAUCUAAAAAUAAGUGCGGCAGUGUUGCGAAAAUGCGUCGCCAUGCCGUGUACUAUACACGACUGGAACGUGUCUGUGCAGCGGGACCCAUCCCACGUAGUACGUACAUAUGUAUCCAGCGCUCUUCUGCUCAUCCUGCUGACUACCCCUGUAUAUAUUACACGUAUAGACGGAACGCGUAGCAACAGUUGUAUGGGAAUCGCUAUUUCGAUGGAUGGAUCAAACUGUAGAGAAGGUCACGCUACCGUGAACAAAGAUCCGCAUUGGCGACGACUCAUUCCACCUUUGGUGUGUACUGCCUCUCGCCCCAUCUGGGCCUUUGCUGCUUCUAACGGCCCGUGACAAUUUCAAAUUGGCAAGGAAAGUUGGUCGAAUGUGACACUCUGCAGCUUUGACAAUUCAUACGGUUUGGGUGAAUCUAAUUCUGUCCAGACCAAUCUUAAAAAAGAAAAAAAAAAAAAAACAUUUUCGCCUGUACAACGACUGACCCAUUGACCCACUUUGGAGUGUGCUGCAGUUGCCAUUUCACGCGUUGCGAUUCAUAAUUCGCGCCCCCGGACAGCAGCUGCCUCUUUUGCUGGCGUGUUUUUUGCUGUCUUCGGCGACAUUCCAUUUUAACAGCACCCCUCUUUCUCUCUUCGUCUAGCCUCAUCACCUCUACAAUGAGAGAACAGAGCGGGGGAAUUCUCAUUGGCUCAAAUUAUUGGCUGCAGUGAGAGAGAGACAUGCAGUCUGGGUGACAUCACGCUAGUAUUACAACAAUGCUGAUGCAGCGCAGGCUGCCGCCCCUGCAGUCAAACACGGUUUCUCUUUCUUCGCUUUUGUCAUCCCGUCCGCCCGUACAAUAAUGCCGUCAGAUUUAAUGGCUCUACUUGGUGAAAUAGGGCCACUCGUGUCUUUUUACGAGCCGGGAACAAAUAUAAGGCAAUUUCGCUAUUUGUAAAGGUUCCAUUCCGAUGAACAAGAGCCCCGCCAAAGUGCGCCACAACGACGACAAAGAGCUAGAAUACGAUCCACUAAAGAAAUCAGGUCGAGUCGAGCAGUCUCAGCGAUUCGACAAAGCAAUCCAAGUUCACUUCCUCCCUCCUGAAUCACUGAGCAGGAAUGAGAGUCAACGCAAAGAGGCGAUGCACGGUGGAGGAGUCAGAUUACCCGCAUGUGCACAAUUCUAACCUUUAAUUCUCAUAACUGAAUCAGGGAAGAGCAAAAAGCGGAUCAGAUUAUGUUGUUCCCUCGUUUUGUAGCCUCCAAUUGUUUGUCCCUAUUAUUUGCGACUUUUCCUUUUUCUGGUUUUCCUCGGAAUUUAUCGAACGAUUCCGAGAGGCCGCUCCGCUUAGGAUGUUAACUGUAUAUACUACCUUAUUCUUAAAUGAUUAGUCGUGCAUACGAGUUAAUUAGGCCAGCUAUUAGAGAAAAGGGAUCAUUAUGUUUCCGUGCGGAUUGUCCACAUCCGUUGCGGAGGGGUCACAUCCGCGCAGCGUCCGCAUCAUUAAUCUCUCGUCGUGCGUGCGUGGCGACGGCAAAGCAACUGGCAAAGAAUAGACACGAUGCAUUGAAAGCUGAAAAAUAUUGCACGGCAGCAGAACACCCCGCUCCAGCCCGAUGCAUCACGGAAACAAUUUACUUACCGCCACAGAAUGGAUGGGGCCAGCAGCCGUCUCAUGUGUCCUCGGAAAAUGUAGCCAACACACAUAUACACGUGAGUUUAAAAAUGAUUGAUGAAACCACUUUGUGCUCGACUCAAAGUAAGUUACUAGUAGUACGGUAGUAUCGGAUCCCAUCCAUUCGGCAGCGUCCAAUUCGCAGCCGAAAUAGGACAUUUAUUUGCAGAGUGAGACGUGAGAAAACUGUAUCCUUCCAUGUUUGAGAUGUGGCAGGAUCAAAAGACUGGACUGUGUGACUGGCUUUUGGGCAAAUAACUCGUCCGCAACUUGAAUCUGGUCAAAUGUGCGCAAGAAAACGUGCGGAAUCCGCACUCGCUGACUCUUUUUUGAGAGUCAAUAAGAUGAAAAUCGGGAAUGAUGUGUGCCAUAAACAUUUGUGAGUUGCGAUCUGUAAUUUCUUUUGGCAAACUGUAUGCCAAAAAAGUUUCAUAGCCUUGACAAGAAGAAACCGGGUCGAGCAUGAGCGCUAGGAAAUAGAUUAUGGGAAAAUAGGUUGCAAGAACUGGCCCAGUUUUUCGGAGAAAUCCGGGAGCAAUUUCAUACGAUACCUCACUCUGAAGUACGCAGGGCGGUAUCUUAUUUAAUUAAAAAAUACUGUCGACUUUUAAAUGAUAUCAGGUUGUACGGUACGGCAAAAGUAAUAUUGAACAAAUCGAGAAAUCGUCGAGUGGUCUGCAACUCGAUACGAAAAUCCCGCCGUGUAGACGUAAUCUUGGCGUAUCAAAAGUAUAACCGCGCGUUUUUGUUUUAUAGGAGCGAAGCAGCUGCCCAUAAAACUUAGUUUUUUUCCCCUGACGUACAUUUGAUAAGAAUUUGUAUUUGUCGUCCGUGCUGAUUACAGUUAAAAUAGUCACCAAGUCUUACAUGGUGGUACGGGCGUUAUCAAAAGGUAGUGUAACACAGUGCAUGGCCGAAUGCGGGUGAUAAUAGUGUCUCGACUUGAGAAAAAAAUGGAUACAUUUCUCAAGCUUCUUGUCUUCCUUUACUUGGCGGGAGGUAGCUCAGCUGAUUGCACAACCAGCAAUGACGGUUCCUGCACAUGGAUAGUGGCAAACGCAUGUAAUAGUCCCAAAUUUUACUGCGGGGAAGAGGCCGAGUGUCUUGUCGUGACUAAAUCUCUCAACUCAUCUUAUUGGCUGGAGUCGAGCUCCGCUUCCAACCAGCAAUUCGAGUGUCGUUGUCCCGUGGGGGCCACAACCAACUGCAAAAAUCCAGCUUUGAAGUGUACUUCACAUCGUCCUACGGACAGCUUUGUGAAGAUUUCAGUCGAUAAUAUGCCGACAAAUUCUUCCAUGAGUGUCGUUUACGCCGAAAUGUGGAGGUGCCCCAUUGGAGAUAAUUCUGCCAUACAAUGUCCGUCAGGAAAGAUGAGAAUUGGAAAUGAAUUGGGAUGCAAUAGUGCCGCCCAGAUGCUCCCAAAUGUGUUCGCCCUCGUACGAUUUUGGUGUCAAUUCAAAAUCAACGCAUGCGAAUUCGAUUCAUCGCUUAUUCUGUCACACGUUGGUCAGUCACUCGCACAACCGGAGACUUUACCUGGAAAUUACGUCUUUGAAUCAAGUGUAGUCACUGAUCAACAAAAAACCUUCCAAUGCCCUGCACAAUCGGUCAUGGAUAGCGGCACGUGUUACAGGAUGACCCCGAUGAACCUCGAAUGGAAAGCUGCCCGAUCACAUUGUCUUCAGCUUGGAGGCGAUUUGGCUCAUUUUACCAACUACACCGAUUUUGCCUCCAUUUUGCGUAGAUUGGACAAUACCAUUCCGACUAAUUUGACAUCUUUGACAGCUAUUCCUACCUGGUUUAAAUUUUUCACUUGGACUGGUGAACAGCGGACUCCUCAGAACUUUCUGCAGUACACGGAUGGCUUCCAAUGCGACGUUUAUAAUCUCCAGCGCGACGUUGGAGCUAAUCCACAUUCCAGGUGUAAAUUUGGUGCACGAUUGAAAAAAAUCCGCGGGUUGUGCGUUCUACCCCCCAUAUUGCCAUCGGAGAAUUUCAAUUAUGAAAAGCUUUCAUGCCCUGUCAAAUGCGACGUCUCCGGGUAUACAGGCUAUUGUUGGGAAGCAGAGGCCGAUACAAAGGUCUCAACUAGUUGUCCGAAUGGAUUAAGUGGCUUUGCAACCUGGACUUGCGGUAUUGAUGGUAAAUGGACAACUCCAUCUCCUGAUCAAAGUAACUGCACCAACCCAAUCGUCGAAGAUUCAAUCAACCAAGCCAACAAAAAUAUCACGAAUGGUGGAAAUCCAAGCGAGUCAUUGAAUGGUAUCUCCACUGUCCUUAAGGAAAAUGAGAUGGCGACCGCCAACAUUGUUCAGCUUGACAUGACGGUCCGAUUAGCUAUAGAAAAGCAAACGGAAUUAUUAAGUGCGAGUACGGACGUCAAUUCAAAAGACGCCAGCAGCAAGAAUUUCACCAAUUCAAUAGUAGAUGUGAAUAAUGAACUGCUAACCAACGACCUGGCGUUUUGGGGCUUGGACCCUAUUUCUCGUAGUGAAGCUAUCGAUCAAGUGCAAAAGAACAUCGACGACACCUUAUUUUUGCUGGCUGAUAAUCUUCUUGAUCAAGUUUAUAAAACAGUUUAUCCUAACAUCGCCGUGCAGGUGGAAAGGAAAAUCAACGCGGAUUAUAAAAACCAAACGUAUACUUAUGUGACCGGAGAUAAAGAUCAACUGAUCCUUCCAGCCGGAUUUCCCUAUGCGGUCGACGAUACAGAAACCCGACUUUCUUUUGCAACGUACAACGCAUUUCAGAACCUUCUCUAUGGCGACACAUUGGCUCAACUGUCUGCAGAAAACCAAACCACAUUCGAACCAAUUAGACAAGUCGUGGUGACAAAAGUGCUGGGUGCUACACUUGGUCAACCAAACGGAUCUAUCCCUUUAAAGGACGGAACGGUCGAAAUUCUCCUGAGUACUUUGAAUCUUGAUCGAUAUGAAGUUAAUAAGACGACUGCAACUUGCGUAUUUUGGGAUUCUUUGACUCAAGAAUGGUCAUCCGAGGGGUGUAUAGUGGUGGGAACUAACGGUACAUCAACCACAUGCCAGUGCGAUCACUUAACCAAUUUUGCAGUUUUAAUGGAUAUCAACGGCCUCUUUGAAAAUGAGAAGAAAACCGACUACCCCGCACUAGAUUACAUCACCAUAAUCGGCGGAAGCAUUUCUAUCGUUUGCUUGACGUUGGCUGUCAUUAUCUUUUACUGGGUACGGACUUUGCGGCGCGAUUUCCGCUUCGUGAUUCACCGAAACCUCUGUGUAAAUCUUCUCAUUGCCGACAUCCUCUUUUUGGCCGGAAUAGAAGCUAUUGCCAACCGGGAUCUCUGCCUAUCCAUCGCCGUAUUCCUGCACUUUUUUUUCCUGUGCGCUUUCAGCUGGAUGGUUGUGGAGGGUCUUUAUCUCUAUUUCCUCAUCACUAAAGUUUUCGAUGGAAGUGGAUUGAAACAGUGGCAGUACUACGUCAUCGGGUACGGAGUACCUGUUUUAACUGUUACCAUUACUCUAGCCGUAACCAAAACGGAAGCUUACCUCGGUGAUCCUUUUUUAUAUUGCUGGUUAAGUUAUGAAAAUGGGGCAAUAUGGGCCUUUGCUGGACCGGUUGCAGCCGUUGUUUGUAUAAACAUCGUAUUCCUGUCAUUGGCUGUCUCUGUUAGAUUCAAAUUAAGACGAAACCCUGCCGAAAUUAAAGAGAACAAGCAGAACUUCCGAUGGAUUUAUGGCGUCAUAUCAUUGACUUUUAUUCUGGGUAUUACUUGGAUGUUCGGUUUCCUAUUCUUCGGCCAGAGUAGUAUAGUAUUUGCCUAUAUAUUUACCAUCUUGAACUCCCUGCAAGGAAUGUUCAUUUUUAUCACGUUUUGCGUGAUCAACAAAAAAGUCCGAAAAGAUUUACAUCGACAAUUUAUAACUAGCCAGAGGAUUCAACGUGUGGCACUUUACUUUAGCAUUGAAUUGAGCGACCUGAAUGUGGCAUCGUCACUAAACAAUACUGGCUCCUACAAUGUACAGCGACAAGCCAGUCAGAAUAAGAAUCGACACAGUUUUAGUAAUGUUUCUGAAGUUUCUAUUAGAUUGUACUAGCUACGUAUUUAAAGGCUACAUACUACUAACACCUUUAGUUAGUUAAUGCUAUUCAGUAUUUAGUAGUUAACCUUUAUUCCUUCAUUGUGUUUUGUCAGAUGAAAUGUUUGUACCUAACUGGUAAUUUAGGCCAGGUGAAGCCUGAGCUUCAUUGCUCUCUGAACGUUGCUGUCUGAUGUGAAUUUGGAUUCGUUUGUCUACUUAGACAACAAAUUCAACAAGGUGUGUUUGGGAUGUUGUAAUAUACAUUUUUGUUGUUGUUCCCCAAAUACAAAUUAUUUU